AAAGCGGGUUUCAGAUUAAUAGCCACGCUGCUGCUUCCCCAUUUUUUCCUCUAGAACACAUUUUAAGUUAUUUUCCAAAAUCGUUUUAGCAGUUUGGACAAAAAACCAAUAAUGACUAAUCCUGAGAAGAAAGUAGAGAAAAGUAUCUCUGGAGAUCAUUGUGAUCAACAGCAAAACUAUGGAGAUGGAGAUGGGGAAGAUCUCUGGGAUGCAUUUGAGCUUCUGGAAAUUGAUGAGAAUGAUGAAAGAUCCAGUGAACAGGUUACAGGAAAUGAGAAUUGGUGUUCGAGGAAUGUGCUAAGGAAACAACGGCACUGGGAGAAGAUUGUUUCUGCAAAGAAGGAUAAAAGAAAAUGUGAAAGAGAACGACGUAAAGCGAAGCACGCUGAACAAAAAGGCACUGCUCCUCAACUUAGUAAGCGAGAUCUAAAAGCCAUUGCAAAAGAUCGUCUUCUAGAGGCCAAGGCAACAGGUCCUCGGCUGUGUAUUGAUAUGAGUUUGACUGGUCACAUGACUAAGAAGGAAAUAUGUCGGCUUGCUGCACAAAUUAGGCGACUUUAUGGGUCUAACAAGAAAGCUCAGAAGCCCUUUUGGCUCCACCUCACAGGAAUUGUGAAAAACAGUCCUAUUUACGAAGCAUGCCUGAGAAUGAAUGAUGGAUUUGCCAAUUAUAUGAUGGAUAUUACUGCUGAAAGUUAUCUUGACCUAUUUCCUUUGGACAUGAUUGUAUAUCUCACACCAGAUUCUGAUAAUGUUCUUGAGGAAGUUGAUCCACAAAAAGUACAUAUUUUGGGAGGGCUGGUGGAUGAAAGCAUUCAAAAAAAACUCACUUUCCAAAUUGCCCAGGAAAGACAUCUGCAGACAGCACGAUUGCCUAUUCCAGAGUACAUGGUAAAAAACACCAAUGCAAAAAAUUACCACUCAACAACUUUGGCAAUCAACCAAGUGUUUGAUGCCUUAUCAACUUUCUAUGAUAAAAAGAGUUGGGAAGAAGCACUUAAAGCUGCAGUUUCUCCUGGAAAGGGAUACAUCUUCAAAAACACACAGUGACAAAAGGGUUCUGGAUACAAAUAUGAGAAAACAAGAUUUGGUCUGCCUUUGGUAACCUACAAUAGUCUCCUUUACCCAAUUGCAUUCUAGAUAUUUUGGACUACGAUGAUUAAAAUUUCCAAAUUAUGGGAGUUUUGACUCCAGCACUACUGUACAUAGACAUGUGGGGAGAGUAAAAGAUUACUUAAUUGAUCCUCA